AUGGGUGAGACGACGGCCACGGUGGCAGAGCCUCCUCGUCAGCUGGAUGACCUCGAUCUCUUCGAGUCGAAGAAACCCAUAAAGAAUCCUCUCGUUCCAGUCGGUGAGUCCCGAGGAGGAAGAACACAUGAUGAGCAUCUUCCCGUGAAUUUCGUCAUCUUGUUUUGCUUCUGCGUUUCUCCGAUUUGGAUUUUAGUUUUCGUCCUUCCUCUUUUCUCUAAGCGUUUUCUUUUGAGGAUGUCAGCGCGUACGGAAGGUUUAUGAUGUUCCGGAGAGAGCAUUUUCGGAGCCUACACCCUUCAAACGAAUCCGUAUCGUUGUAUGAAACGCAGAACCCAGAGAUGAACGUUUGCCUGUAUGAUUUGAAUCUGUAGGCCAAUGAUUAUUCACAUAAACCAUCCGUGCCAGAUUUCUCGUCUUAUCUUAAUUUCUGUUCUGGAUGAUUUAUGAGGAAGAUACCGGUCUUAUUGUGAAAAUACAUUUUUUCGUCGAUAUUUUUAGAUUGUCCCAUUUAAUGAUUUUUGGAGCACCGGCAACGUUGUCUGGAUUUUCUUUGCAAUCACCCUCAGUCGCUAUUGUUGUUAGAAUUCGAACGCUUCCUCUACUCGUCAUCUCUCAUUUUCCAUAUCGGCCUCAUUCAAAGUUUCGUUUUUUUCCUCCGGACAUUACUUUUUGCCUUCUAAUAUAAAUACUCUAGUGCAAUUACUUUCUGAACAAAGUCCUCCGGACAUAUCGGUCGUGAUAACUUUAGUCAGAGGAAAGGGGGAAGGAGAUAAAUUUGGUGUUUUCAGAGUUUCUUCAAUCCUCUGGAGCAUCAAUUAACACUGGAUUAAUGUCAGCAGUUUGUGCCGUAAUAGAUUUGGUAAAAAGUUUUGAGAGGUUUGAGCUUGUAACUAUUAUGAAACCCAGUGGCUGCCGGUACAGUGAAAUUCCCAUAUGAUCAGAUUCGUAGAAAUCGUAUAAAUAUGGUGCUUGAUUUCAGCGGAUAUCCUCCAUCCCAAUUGAAUGACUGAAUACAUUACUCAAAUAUUUUACUGUCAAAGAAAAAAGAUCUGUAGUAAUCUGAAUAAAUCCUAAAUGAGUGCAAAGUAUUCUUCCCAAAGCUGACCACUUGUUUUUCAGCGAGAAAGUUCCAACUCAUGAUUUAUACUACUAUUUAAAGAUCGUUUAUCCAUCCUUGCCCAGUUAUUACCUGUUCUCAUCCAUUCCUUGAGAUGAUUCGCUGCUCUGUUUUUUGACAGAAAUGACUUGGUGAACUUCUCCCUUAGCAUUCUCUUGUUUGUUUCUUUUGAUUUAACCAACUACUGGUUGUUUCAUGCUACAUUCUGUUCUUUCUUUUGUUAUGCCAUGUCAGGAGUUUUUACAUAUAUUCCUGCCAUAGUCUCAUGCCAGAUUGCAACAACUAUUUGCAUCACAUGCUAUACAAAUGCACCGACUCUAAUACAAGAGCAUGUAAAAUGCAUCUUCCUGUUGUUGCCCUGGUUUGGUUUUUAAUUCUCUCUCUUUUGGGAAUUGUUCCCCGACCCAUUUUCCUUGAGAAUGUGCUAAUUUCAUUUUCGGGAAUAUCUACACUACCCAGCUCUGCAGUCUCAUCAUUGCCUGCCGGUGAAAUAGCUUGAUAAAUCUGCCUUCAGCUUUCCAUUACAGUUUUUUUCCCCCUUCUUUUUGAAUUCUGAAUUGGUAUUAGCAGAUCUGCAGCAUCAUUAAGUCUUCAAUCCAAUACUUUGCUCUGCUUCUUUAAGGAUUGAAAGAUCAACCCGUUGUUCAAUGGCGAAUCUGUCUUGGUAAAUGAAUUUUAAUUCAUCCAUAGUUGGAUCAGAUGGUACACUAAAUUUCGCCACUUAUUUUCCAUCUUUACCCUAGUGAACUUCAUAAAUGUCUUCUUGUUUUUUUUUGUUAACUGGGUAGACUACUGAUAGAGAUCAUUCGACUGUUAUGAAAAUUUCCUUGGAACGAGUGAAAAUAUUGAUUACUCCACCUGCACUGGUAAUCAAGGCAGUGCAUUUAUCACAAUGUCUGAUUAUCUAUUAUUAUCCUUGGUCCUCCUGCCAUCCGGCUGACCCAAUCUUCACUGCUAGUUGGACCUAGAGCUUUGUCAAGAUAGUCUGUUAUUGCAAAGUCUCACAUCCUUUACUUCUCUCACGUCCUCCAUUUGAUAAAAUGAAAGCCUUUCUUUUGAAAUUUUUGGUUCUUUCUCGAACUUGCACUCCUAAUUGCAGAACAUGCACUCUGAACUAGGAAACUUUGAUUCAUAACUUUGAGGGCUCUAUAAACUGAUUUAUUUGGGUAUCUGGAAUAGUUCGUUGUGUUUUUUUAUUAGAUCCAUCAUGAACUAUUUAAAAGGAUCUUUUCUUUGCUUCCACUACUUUCUGAACAAUUUCCGAGACAAAUCAAUUCAUAAUUUGGUCUUGAUAGCCCCUCCGUUGGUUAAAGCAAAAGCCCACACAUCCAUCUGGGAUUCAGUCCAUUUUAUGUGCUCGGGCAGAGGUGCAUGAAUCGGCUCCUCUGGUUUAUCCAAUUCGUGAUGACCUCCAAUAAAAAGGCUCAGCAUAAAAGGCAGUGUGAGAAUUCUGUCUAAUGAAGAACACCAUCUCACCUCCUUUUCCAUAAUGAGGUGCAAAUAUUGGUUCGAAUGCCAAGGCUGUUCAAUUUGGAUUGGAAGGGCACAAGAAUUGAUGAGUGAAAUUUGUAGCCUGGAGAAUUUCUCUCUCUAAGGAUGACUAUAAGGCAGUUAAAUCAGAGAGCGCUAACAUUUUCUUAGGACUAGAUGACAGUAGUCACAUGUAGUUGGGGAGCUAUCAUGUUUAAAAAGGUAAGACCUGAAUCUGGCAGAACUAUAUUAUGCUUGAUCAUAGACAACUUAAGGAACACUGAAAGCUACAUAGAUGCUACAUAAAUGUGGCAGAAAAUGACUCCGCAUGGCACUCAUUAUGGUUGUUCAUUUGAUGCCAAAGGUUUGUUUAGGAGAAUCUAAAAUGAACCAGCUCUGGUAAGUUAUGGUCAUCAGAACCAGAUUUGGCCUCUGCAACUCAAUUUAUAUGGUAGAUAUGAAAGAGGAUGCCUAAGGAUUCCCACAUGACAGUUAUGUUGGUUUCUUUCUAUACAAGUUGACAACACAAUCUGCAUGAUGUGCUUAUUCCGGUGAAAAUUGCUGUUUAAAAUCCACAUUGAGCUAUUGGAUUGGCAAUGCUGGGAUGCAAAAACCAUGUGCACAAUGAGAACGAGGCUGUUGAAGGAUCUUUAGGAGACCUAGGUACUGGGUCUUGAUUGGUUAUCUUCAGUAGGGCUAAGACUGCUAUCUUGCUAUAUGGAGUAUGAAGCUGCUCUUGGUUGGGGAAAAUCAUAUCCAAAAUGAAAAAAGUUUAUCUUGAUGAAAGUGUACCACCGGAAUUGGCAUUAACGCUGAUCUAUGAACUGAUAAUAAGCUUUACUUUAUCAUUGAGGUGAAUUUUAUUGUUUGCUUGUGUUGACUAGAAAUCCCCAUUGAUCUCAAGGCACAAUUAUGCAACAAAAUACGAAAUGAGAUUGGGAAUAUCUCAACAAGUUAGUUCUAAUUUUUCAUGACGAUAUAGGAAAAUUUUACCUGCUGUUCUCUUUUUAUCAUUUGUCUCUCUUAGUGAGGUUGACUGAUUAUUUACUAAAGUCGUUUAAGAUAAUACUUGGAUUAGUGGUAGUGAUUAAGUAUUUGAUAGUAUUUCACUAGCAGGUACUUUUUCCCCGCUAAUGUGUACAAAAGCAUUCAUUAAUGCCAUUAAAUCCAUAAAGUUUCAGAUGUAAUUGUUUUGGUAUCUAAUGUAGAUACUAAUAUACGUUACUAUUUUUAGCAACAAUCUACUACCAAACUUGGGUUUUGUCAAGUUUCCUCCGUUUGUCACAUAAGUAGUUAGAUAUAGCCACCAAAUUUUGCCUUGGCUGCAAUGACACUUAUGUUUGGCCUCAUUCUUAAGGGAAAUGAGGUGAGCUUACCAUUCCAUUACACAUGCACUAGACGUCUUUAGGGCAUAGGUUUUCUUAAAUUCCCUGAGAGUCAAACGCUUGAAAUAGACAAUAGUAAAUCAAAUACUAAUUAAUAUCCAAGUUCUUGAAUUACAUGAGAGCCAUAUAAUCCCAAUCUUAGAUUUAAGUUCGUGAAGAGAUUUGCCACUUAGAAUGGUAGAGGUGAGAAGCGAUCUGAGCUUAUACGAUUUAUAACUAUGUAGACUAGCCGGUUAUCUUCAAUAAAUCAUUAUUAAGGAAUUAUAUAUACAACCUCAGGGUACCAUUAUGCUACAGGAGUCAUCCUACUUCUCCUGGUGCUGUGAAGAGAAGGAUUUAGAACCAUAUGCAAGCGUAGGUGCGAUUGUUGCUAUGCUCUUCUCAGAGCUUGUCUCCCACUGAGGUCGAAGGGAGGUUUGUCAUGGUUCCUUUAAAAAUUUGUUCAUUCAGUUGUCACUAGAAACCACUACAUGCCGACCCAGAUUAACAUCUCCACUUCAUUCACUUUUUCCCUGUUUCAUAUAAUCAUUCUUCAAUAUUCCAUAUUUUCCUAUAGCCAACGCUUUGGAUAAAGAUAAUCAGUACAGGAAAGCAUCAGAUACAGCGCUUUCCAAAACUUAUAAAGCAUUUCCAUUUAUAACUUUCUUCCGGCAUCAUGACCAACCUAGGUGACUUACAAUUUUCGUGACUAAUAACCGUGUGAGAUGCCACCAUUUAUGCGAAAAGAUAUCCAUUACAAAUUCAAUGAGAGAUUUUAUUUGUGGCAUGGUGGUGAUCCGCUACUCUGCUCGUUAGUGGUUGAUUGUACUCUCCUUAUUUUUUGGCAAAUCGUCAUCAUUUUGGUCUGCAAUGUUUAGCUAAUCACUCUGUACUUCCUAUUGUAUCAGAAUUUGCCUUCCUUUGGUCAUUUUUUCUCCAAUUACUGAACCUGCCUAGCCCAUCAGGAAGAACCUUCAGCUUUAUUUCUUUAGCUCUGAUUUGCCUUCCUCGUUCAUGUCUCUUCCUUUAAUUUCCGUCAUGAAUUUCUUUUUCUUUCUUUUGAUGUCCUUUGUGGUGGUUUAUUCUCUUACUCCAUAGAAAACCCCGGUUUGUAUUCCGCAGUAGUUUCUUAUGAUUCAUUAUUAUUGAUCCAAAUUACUCUUACUUUUUCUGCUUCAUCCUUGCUCAACCUGUAUUCUUUGACACUUCUGUGAUUGUCUCCUUAUCCCAGUUUUUUCUUUUUAUGUUUGCUUAUUUUCAUCUUUCCUUUCUGUUCAAAACCGAAUCCGUGUUGUUUGGAGUAGUUUUAUGAGUUUGUGACUUUUGGCCAACAUUUUUGUCUUCUACAGGGUUGGUCAAUUGAUAUUUUAUCCAACUUCAUAAGCGUAAUUGCUUACUCUGCCCUUGCCAUCACUGGUGUUAAGUUAAUCUGUACUCUUAGUUGAUUGAGCCAUGUACAAGUUAUGCUGUGUUAUAAGAUUUUUUCGUUGAUAUAUUUGUCAUGUUCCAUCCAUCCACUAACAGGUGACAUUUAUUUAAUAGAUUAGAGUUAUUUUGUUUUUGCUUGCAUAAAAGAGUGGGGAAGAGCGUUUCGUAAUGAACAAGGGGGUUCCUCUAACGUUCAGAGAACCUUGGGAUCAUAGUUUUCCUUACACCAUCUUUGAUGUUAUCAAGGUUAUUAUUCUUUUUCAAUGCUAAUUUCAUAAGCACCUUUCUUCUAAUCAUUUCAAAUAUUUCAUGGAUUUUUCGGAAAAAAAUGGUUAGUUCAUUUUAAACUGUGCAGGUUGGUUUGACUCAAUGGAAAAGUCGUUUAGCUUAGAAAAAUGGUUUAUAAUGUCUGCUAAUAGGUCAAUUAGGCAUAUUAAUCUGGAGUGUUUGGAGAAACUAGUUCAGAUCAUACUGCAAUGACUAGUACCAGACAAAUCAUAUAUAAUUGACAUACACUGGAUUAGUAUGCAGCUGGAAUCAACAUAUGAUGCGAAUCUCCUCAUGUUGAUGUGGUCAUCGGUUCUUUACCUCAGCUUAUCUUGUGAACACAGACUUCGGAAAUCUAUAGCACACCGCUUCCUUGCUAGAAUCAUUCUUAUAUUGGUUGCCCUCCGAUGUCUUUAUUUUUAUCACAGAAAUGAGGACAUUUACUUUGGCUGCAAGCUAAGCUUUCUCAUUUUCUUCAGUCAGUUCGUGGAUCCAGCAGGACUUGCAUGAGCUUUGACGCACCCAUAGAAAUAAAGGCAUAAGCCUUUCUUGCAAAAUAAACUUGACCAUUCGCUUCAGUAAGUCUUUGGAUCAAGCUGGAAUUUUCUGUAACAAUAGAAAUAAAGAUACGAGAACUUCGGUUUCGAAAUGAACUUGGCUAUUUUCUUCAGUCAUGUUGUGGAUCAAGCAGGGCUUGCAUGAGUUUUGAUAGAUUGGCUGAACGUAAUAUCUGAGGGUGCACGUAAAGCUUCUGUUUUUCUAAUGUGGCGUUUGUGCAUCCUCUGAUCGGUGAACCUCUCAGGUGCACUUCUUACUGCGGGCGUGCUCACUGCUGGCCUCGUCAGUUUCAGACAAGGGAACUCUCAUUUGGGUCAGAAGCUUAUGAGAGCCCGAGUUGUGGUUCAGGGGGCUACUGUCGCUUUGAUGGUGGGAAGUGCGUACUACUACGGAGAAAGCUUCAAGCGUUCAGAGAAACCAGUAUGA